GCGCGACACCACAUCCAGCACGAACACGAGCGCGGCCUGCCUGUAUUGUACUCUAAAGGACACGGCUCAUACCAUAUGAACAGCCUUGGGGAUGCGCAUCGACGGCAUUAUCUCAAGAAAGUACUCCUGACGCAUCUCAUUGAACAGGAAUUAGCCGCACUCAAUGAUCCUGCGGCGCUCGCACGACUAGGCCCGCCCUUCAAGGCGCGUAUCGAUUCACAGCUCACGAAUGGAACAGUAAAGUCAGAUGCAAUGCAAGAAACAGAACUGCCCAUCUUGCGCUUCGUCUUUACAAAAUACGUCGCUACAUUUCCCUUCCUUCAAAAGGCAAACCCAGAAGCCUUUUGGCAGGACAAGGUUCAAGUGUUCAUGGAGGCCUUUGCUGAGAAGCGUAUUUCUUCAUCGGACGAUCGGGCAGAAUCGUCAAAGCGCGAAAAGCUAGGUGCGCGGAUUCAUUCCAUGCUGGUAUUGCUAUUCAAUGCUGGCCUGAAGGCUGGUGAUGAGCAGCCUGUACCAUUGCCUCAGUCUACACAUACUCCACAGCCUGCAGCGAGGACUGAGCCAAUUGAAAUGCGCGAGAUGGUGAAUGGCCUUGCAGUCAACGUCGCAGGCGUUCGAACCGUCACCAAGAAGCGACGCGUGCAUCGUCGUGAAACACACUCAGAGUUCCUCAUCGUCACCUAUCGCGCAGAAGUGAAAGCGCCUAUCACUGUAGCAAGGCGGUAUGGAGCCUUCAAAAGAUUGCAGGCACAAUUACGUGAAGAGUUUCCUGGAAAGCCACUGCCAAGGCUACCCACCAAGAAUAAAGCACCCUCAACAGUCACGAGCUACAUGCCAUCUUCCUUCAACCCCUUUGCUGCGCCAAGGCCGUCUCUGGAUGAAGAUUCUGGUGAAUCUGCUGAAGAAGCAGAUGAAGAGCGACCGCCCUCCUCGUCGCCUAGUUCCAGUACAGCGAGUAUGACCACCAAGAAGACAGUCCUGCGCGAGAAGCAGCGCUUGACGUUACGAGCGUAUCUGCGUGCACUUCUCAAAGAUCCGCAAUUGGCCAAGAGUACCGCACUUAAACACUUUCUGGCAGACGAACCACUCAAGUCCCUGACCUCUGAAGAACAGCUCGAUAUGGCAACACGCCAAGAGCUCGACAGUCAACGUCAAGGGGAUCAAGCUCGAUUUCUGGAAGCUGCCAAGGAACGUGCAGAAGAGCUCAGCACGUAUAUGGAUACAUUCAAGGAGCAGCUCGUCAAGGAUAACGGAUUAUCCAAAAUCUUUUCAGCUUUCCGCGAAUGCAGCACUGUUGAGGAGCUGCCGGUUGAGUACAGAAAGGUGAUUGAGUGGGGUCGUAUUGAGCUAUCUUCGACACUAUACCAGCUCUUCGUCAGUAAUGACAAUGCCUCUGAAUUCUUCACACAAGCGAAAAGGUUGCAUGCACUUUUCCCUUAUGCAGUCCUCAAGAAUAUCAUCCGCUUCAGCAAUCCUAUGAUGAUGAUGCGCGCCGGGCUUGAUUUGUUUCUCGCCACACCAUUUGGUCGCGCCAGUCUGUUGCAGCGCAUGUUUUCACAAACCCUGACGGAAGACUUGAAGGAAAUCGAACAGUCCAUUGCAGAGAUUCGUGUCAGGAUUGGGAAUGAUGCCUUGUGUGACAAGAUUUACAAUUUCGUGCAUGCGGAUGAAGCGACGCAAGAGCGUGUCCGGAUACUCGCAGAGGAAGAUGAGGUGGACCUUGUGGUGGCACUCAUGCGAACGGAUGAAACCGAGGUUGCUCCAAAACUGGAUGGACCUGCCUUGACGAGAGUCUUUCUUGCUAAUGUCGCAUGGACAACAGCACUGGAAAGCGAAGGUGCUGGCGCUGCUUAUAAUGCCGACAAUGCACGCUUAUACGGACACUUUCUGCAACUUCUCAAACUGACGACACGAGCACGCGACAAGCACCAGCUCAUGGCAUUACUCUUUGACGGCGCCACUUCUGGUCUCAUGAAGGAUAUUGUCACCAUCUUUUACGAACCACUAGCGCGCGUCUAUAAAGCCGCCAGCGUCCACAACUCCAUCAUGGACUUUUCGAGAUUCGCAGACGAUACGAUUGCAACAGUCGCUGCAGCACAAGCGCAAGAAGCAACGCUCGAUGGUAGUGCUCAACUAGUCCAGACUUUUUUGGACUUGACGGCACGGCAUCAAAAUAGCUUCUUUCGAUUUGUGCAUGAAGCGCAUUCACAUGAUGAUGGACUCUUUGCUGAUCUCAUGGCGUGGAUUGAGGAAAUCUUGCAAUUUUUGCGGGAAGGCGCUGUUGAGCAGCUUGACCUUGACGCGCUCUUUGAACAAGCUUGCAACGCUGGCAUAUUGGACAAGGACAAGGCUCUUGUUGAACUUGAUGCAGUCGUCGGGUGGAAUGCUGAAAUGAAGGUAUGGCGGAUGGAACGCUUUCAACGCAAGAUGGCCGCUCAAGCGGCUGUCAAUGGUGCUACCGUCGAUAAUGGUUAUCCCCUCGGCAGCCUGUCUGGUGCUGAUUUCGGGCUCGAUCAGGAUGACUUGGAGGAAGUCAUGUAUGAGGAAGCCUCUGAUGAAGAAGGUGGCGAUGUCGUUGGUGAAACGCUGGAAGAGGAGAUGGAUGACUUGGAUCCACUUGAAGCAGAACUCAAGCGGCGGAAAAGGAAACGAGCACUAGCUCUGAUGCAUGCUGCUGAGCCACAACCUCCGGCAACGGAGGAAUUGCUCAAGCUGUCUGCAUCCUUCCGCGGGCAGGUACGGCGUAUCUUGGCGGCGUCAUGAAGAUUUGCUAGAUUGCAUAGAAGGCUCAAUCUGAAUCGUCGUCGCUUUGAGAACCUGCGUCAGCCAUGAGAUCGUCAUCUGCUGGCUCAUCCUCGGC